GCGCCACUUCGCGAAACGACGCUGCCGCUGGCAUGACACCGGCCACGCACCACGGGUCUGUCUAUGGCGCGUUCGCCGAGCUCGUGACCAAAGAUGAUUGCGCAAAAGCGCCGGCUGCCAAGUACGACCUCGUGCUUCUCGCAUCGAGCAACCUCGCCCUCUACGCCCGGCAGUCCAAAGCCUGCGCCUGCACGAGGACAGAGUUACUGCCGUGUCCGCACGUGGCAUCGAUCCACGACUAUUCUCUCUUGGGCACGAUUCCGCUCGAUAGUCUUUGUACCAUCUAUCUGCCGUACGCCACGCGCGGCUCGGCCGUUGCGACGCGCCGCAGCGACCUCCUCCUGCACACGACCGACCAGACGAGUCUCUGGCUCGCGUUUCCGUACAACGCCGCACGCGGCGCCUUCUUGGACGCGCUGGUCGCUGCCAUGGCGCCGCUAACCGUGCCGGUUGAGAGUCUCGAUCUCGACGACGGGGAGAACGCGGCACUCGUCCCGCAGGCACGCCACGUCAUCAACUUCACCUACCCCUCGCCCAACAAGAUGGCCGCAUAUGUCCCGCGGCGCCACGACGAGGCGAGAGACGGCGAUGAGGGGUCGAGUGAGCCCGAGGUCGACCUUGACUUGUGCCAUCGGCACGCGUCUGCGUACGAAGCGCAGAUCAUGACGCUCUACAUGCAGCUGGACGCGAGCAACAGUGCCGCGCCGUCAUCGACCGCCUCUAUACUGCACACAGGGCUCCAAGUCGCGCUUGUGCAGCAUCUCAAGCACGCAUUGGAGCUGGAAGCUGCUUUGCAGUCGGCAAGUGCGGUGCAGCCCAUGGCCGCAUCCCUCCUCCUCAUGGUGCUCGAGUUUGCGCUACGUCUCGAGCUCGUCGACGUGCAGAUCGCGGCAACUUUAGCCUUAGCCGUUGUCAACACCAAGUUGAGUCGGUUCACGCAAGCCCACGCGCACGUCGAGACAGGGCUUCGGCUUGGUAUUGAGAUUGAGCACCGAACGCUGCUGUUUGUCGCGUACCUCUGUCUCUGCGACCUUUAUGUCGCGCAGCGCCACGCAGAGCGCGCGAUUGAGUUUCUACACCGCGCCAAAGACUAUGCGCUACCAGCCUGGAAGCUGAGCUUUCACGCCAACCUCCAAAUCCUCCAGGCCAUCCCGCCGGUGCCCUUUUCCGAAAAGCUCGAAGCGUGGUGGGGUCUCUCGGACGAGCGCGCCAAAUCGCGGUCCGAGGUCCGAACCCAAUUUGGCGCCACGGUGCUCGAAUCGCUGACCGUCGACCAGCUGCUGUUGGCGCUGCCACUUCGCAGUGUCCUCGUCAAAGUCGACAAGCUCGUGCAGUAUCGCGUUGGGUACGAAGACGACUGGACAGUGCGGGACCUCCUUCGGGCGGCGAUCCAGCGCCACGAACGCGGUCAGUCGUCGUCCAAGUGCCUUGUUGGCUUUCGGGAUCCAUCGACCUCCAGCGACGACCGCGUCUUGCCACUGCACUUGCCACUGCGCCAAUGCCGCCUCCACCUCGGCCUGGACGCGGUCAUCGAGCCGCGCUCAACGCUGCACGCGCCGACUGCCACCACGCCCAAUGGAUACAUCUCGUGCUCGCUCUGCCAGCAAUCGCUUUCGAUCGACGCGGUCGAAGAGCACUCGCAAAUCUGCUUUCAGCAGCGCCAUCAAUCGUCGUGGUCCGUGUAG